AUGUUCAUUCUGAAUGAUGGGGAGUGUACAUUCCAAAACCACACGUUUCAGACAGAUCCUUCCAUGAUAACAACGCAAAUUCCUCUGAAUGCUACUGAGUUUGAGGUGUACAUAGUCAAGUCAAAAUGUGAAAUCACAUUCUGCCAAAAAGAGCUCAGAGUUAUUUUGCCAUUUUGUGAAUUGAUUUCUCCCAUGAUAAGGAUAUACUGUGAUCGACCAGGAAAGCCUAUAAUAUUUGCUUGUACGCACGAGACACGACUCAGUGCUCGAUAUGUUCUAGCAACCUUUCCUUCAGAUGGAUGUUCACUUCCUGGCUCUCAACAGUCUCAGUCUUCUCGCCAUUCACUGUCGAGUAGAACUCCUGUCCCACUGCAACGUCCUCCUAGUUUAUUGGCAGACGAAAACAUUCAGAAUGAUGAUACUGUAUUGGUGCAGACAAAAAGAAAUCCAAAUUCUCUUUCUUCCAGUAGAUGUAUGCUAUCACAAGCAAAUGAAUUUCCUACACAAAUUAUUCAAGCAGAUGUAAAUAUGACUUUAACAAGCAAACAGCCUACAAGUGAGAAAAUGAAGCAUUCUUUUCCUAGUUCACAUCACAGUCGUGAUUCUCAGAGUGAAACGCCACUUAAGAAGGUCCGUUCAGCUCUUUUUUCAAACUUCCAAGGUAAAGACAGUUUUAAUGCAUUUGGUGGUGGUGGUAUUGCAGAUAAUAUAAACACAACUGUACUUGGUCGUACGAAUUUGUUCGAACAGAGAGCUAUGACAACCACAACAACUACAACAACAGGAACAUCAAUAUUAUCAUGGAAAACAACCAUAUUAAAUUCGACUCUUAUGGAUCAGACAUCUACAGUAGUCGGUGGUCAUACUGUACUUGUUGCUGAUUCAGACGAUGAAGACUGA